CUCUGAUCCUUCUGCCUCUCCCCCUCUUCGGUCUGUCUUCCUCCCGCCCUCCCUCUUUUCGCUUCAGUUUGUCGCUGGCCCCGCAGCCCCCUCCCCGGCAGCGGCAGCUCAGCCUGCGGGUCCGCCUCCUUCACAGGCGCUGCCCAGUCUCCCGCUGCCCUGAACCAGACUGUGGACAUCCCGGCGUUCUGCCUGCCAAGCUGCCCGUGUCCAGCUACCUGGUCCGAGCAGCAGGUCCCAGUGCAAAAAGGUCUUCGUGUCUCCCGGGCCAGCAGCAGAACAGGAACCCCUGAGCUGCGGUAGUUAUAAGAUCAGCUAGCUGGCAGAAGACCAAGCCUGUAAUUCACCUCAAGGUGAUAGUGGGCUCAGAAGCAGGGGGUGGUGUAGCAGCUCACACCCCACCUGUCAGCAGGAGCUGCGAAGGGAAGGGCUUGGCCUCUGCUUCCCCACAGCUAUGGACUGACAAGUGGUGCAUGCUGAGGGGCUCUCUCUCCAGAGCUGCAGAGAGUGCGGGUUUCACCAUGUUGGCACCAGGCAGUGGCCCAGAGCAGAGGAGCAAGCUUGUCCUGCAGUGGAGGCAGGUCUCCUGGAUCACCUGCUGGAUUGCCCUGUGUGCUGUGGAGGUGCUCCCCGCCUGCCCCUUCUCUUGCACAUGUGACAGUCGCAGCUUGGAGGUGGACUGCAGUGGCCUGGGCCUCACUACUGUACCCCCGGAUGUGCCCGCUGCCACCCAAAGCCUUUUGCUCCUAAACAAUAAGCUGAGCGCCCUGCCAAGCUGGGCAUUCGCCAACCUGUCCAAUCUACAGCGGCUGGACCUGUCCAACAACUUUCUAGACCAGCUUCCCCGGUCCAUUUUCGAGGACCUGGUCAAUCUGACAGAGCUCCAGCUACGGAACAACAGUAUCAGGACCCUGGACAGGGACCUGCUCCAGCACUCCCCGCUACUUCGACACCUAGAUUUGUCUAUCAACGGCUUGGCCCAGCUGCCCCCCGGGCUUUUUGAUGGGCUCCUGGCUCUGCGGUCCUUGUCCCUUCGCUCCAAUCGUCUGCAAAGCCUGGACCGGCUGACGUUUGAGCCCCUGGCAAGCCUGCAGCUGCUUCAGGUUGGGGACAACCCGUGGGAGUGUGACUGCAAUCUGCGGGAGUUCAAACACUGGCUGGAGUGGUUCUCCUACAGAGGGGGGCGCCUGGAUCAGCUUGCCUGUACCUUACCCAAGGAGCUAAGGGGGAAGGACAUGCGUGCGGUCCCUAUGGAGAUGUUUAACUACUGUUCCCAGCUAGAGGAUGAGAACAACUCUGCUGGGCUGGAUGCUCCAGGGCCACCAUGCACCAAGGCUAGCCCGGAGCCUCCUAAACCUAAGCCUGGGGCCGAGCCUGAGCCCGAACCCAGCACUGCCUGCCCUCAGAAGCAGAGGUACCGGCCUGUGAGCGUGCGGCGAGCCAUCGGCACAGUGAUCAUUGCCGGGGUCGUGUGUGGCAUCGUCUGCAUCAUGAUGGUGGUGGCUGCUGCUUAUGGCUGCAUCUAUGCUUCCCUCAUGGCCAAGUACCACCGGGAGCUCAAGAAGCGCCAGCCGCUGAUGGGGGACCCCGAGGGUGAGCAUGAAGAUCAGAAGCAGAUCUCUUCUGUGGCAUGAGAGCUGUCUGUCUGGCCCAGGUAGGACAGCAAGGAGACUCGAUGGGACUGCUACCAAAAGGGCUGCCCUUCCCUCCAUCACUGGCCCUGCCUAGCCUGGCACUGGUACUGCCUCCAUCGAGUUCCUCGUCCCACUCUCUAUCCCAGAAGCUUCUCCCGGGCCAAAGAUUCCCAUGGAAGGCCUUCUCUGGGCUUCUUGUCCUUGGAACAUCUGAGCCUCCCUGUAGGCUUCUGGCCACAGGGGGAAAGAACCUACACUAGAGACAUCACCUGCACUGAGCACUUCCUUCCUGCCCAGGGCUUCCACAGCUGGUGACUCUCCCUACCUCUUGCUCAUUCCCACUUCAGUCUGCAUUAGGGCCUGGGACGGAGGGACAGGAGGCCUAGCGGUAGAUUUCUGUGACUCCUUUUUAAAGCCAGAAAGAUAUUCUUAAGUCCUUGCAAUGUGAAGCUUGUCCAGCUCUUAGCCAAUGUGUAAACACCCCAGUCCUGUGAUCUGGGUCCAAUACUUAGAAAAACCAAAGUGACUAUAAUGUCCCCCUUUGGUGAAUGUCAUUAUGUCUCUUUAUUUGCUAUAGACGCCCCUGAGUACAUUGCUCCAGGUUUACGAAUUCUAUCCAUACUUUUUGUUCUAGUGUGAGGGUUAGAGACAGGGCCUUAUUCACUGUCAGACAGGGCAUCACUAAAAUGGUCCCACAGAUCAAAGUCUCAAAGUCACACACACACACACACACACACACACACACACACACACACACACACACGAGGCCAUGAGAACUUGAGGCAGAGGCCACAGUCCCUCUUACUUCCUGACUACAGUCGUCCCAUGUCAUCAGGGGUUGGGUCCUGGACAAUAACACAGGGAUCCUUUGAGACCCUCUAAAGUGGGCCAAAGUAUGCAGCUGGAGGAAUUGCCCGUUGCCAUGGCAACCCUAGCACCUCUCCUGCUAGGUUUACCAGAGGUGUGUGUGUAUGCAAUGACAGGUUCCAGGCUUCUGAGAGUUCAGAUGCAGACCCCUGGGCACGCCAGGUUCCAGGUACACACAGCAGUUUCUAUUCCUGCAGCCUGGCUUUUCCUGUCUCCUCUGUCAUCUGCAUCAUUUGUUUUGUGACCUCAAAGGCUGGGUCUGGGCUGUGCUCUGAGAUUGGUGUCUCACCUUAAGGAAAGCAGAUGUCAGGCAGUAAGUCCUCGAGAAAGGCUGGCUGCCUUCAACACAUCCCUGACAGACUGCGGGAAUGGGAACAGGAUGGCUGCAUUCUGUUCAGAGUCGUUGGCGAUGGGGCUUUCUUUCUUUCCCAGGGGUUCAUCGGCUCUGCCUGGUUUCCUGGUAGUGUGCAACCGCACCUGGACAAUCCAGGCUAAAAAAUGGCUGCAGUCCUAUCUGGUAUGGCGAUUCUUAUCUCUGGACUGUGCACAUUUUCAAGGUCACUGCCUUCUGUUCUAAACUGCCCCUCCUUAGAGACUGGAUACCUCUGUAGGAGAUGCCAGACUGAUAUCUUGCCCUGGGUCUUGGUAGUAGCCAGGUACACACUUAGGCACUAAUGAUACACCUAUGAGGGCCUCGGGGCAGCCUCUUAGCCCUCCUUCUGGUCCUCUACCACCUAUUCAACUAGCAGGGGUGAGUACUGGGAGUCUCAGGAGAGCCUCCAAGGUUGUUCUCUGGCUGCUGUUCAGGGUCAUAGGAUCCUUUAGGCUGAGUCUUCCUUCCUCUUUUGGCUGGUGGGCCAAUCCCAGAGCCGGGAUUUUCUAAGGGCCUGGGGGAGGGAGGGUGUUGUCAGUGGUGAUAUCUUUAGCCUGCGACAGAAGAUUUUUAAAGGCAAAAUUAUAUUUCUGGUUUGUCGUUUCAGAAGACCAAUAAAGACUAUUUUCCUAUGGA